GAUGCUAAAAACUGGCGUUGUCGCUUCAUUCGGGGAGGGGAGACUGUGUACGAAGGGUUGCGUAUGUUUCUUAAAAAACGGAUAAGGAGGCGCCGUUGUUAAUAGCUGAGCUUAAUGACGACGCUCCGGAUAAAAGAUAUAGAAAAAAUAUAUAUGUUUCAGUUGUAAUUGUAAUGCAGUGUGUCAGGUUAGGGGACUGAACGGCGCUUUAAAAGCAUGGUGGACAACGUAUAAUAUAUAGGUGCGGUUAGGGAGCAGUAUAGCGCAAGGUUUAUUCUGGGGGAGGGGGGAGGCGGAGGGAAGGCUGUGACAAGCGCUUAUCAGCCGGAGAAGUAGGACGACUCGCAUCGGAGCGCCACUGUCAUCUGCAGACGCUUUGGAAGACGCUGUCGCAGCCCUAGCACCGGCUCACAAUGGUAUCUAUAAUUUCAGAUCUGGAUCCCCUGAAAAGCUGGAACGUUUUAAGGCAGGACACCAGUGAGCUCACCGGAAGCCUACAGAGCAACGGCACCGGCAGCAAGAUGAACGGGGCGCUGGAGCAUUCGGACCAGCCCGACCCCGACGCCAUCAAGAUGUUUGUGGGCCAAAUCCCACGGUCUUGGUCAGAGAAGGAGCUGAAGGAGCUGUUCGAGCCGUACGGCGCCGUCUACCAGAUCAACAUCCUCCGAGACCGGAGCCAGAACCCGCCACAGAGCAAAGGGUGCUGUUUUGUAACGUUUUACACGCGGAAGGCUGCCCUGGAGGCACAGAAUGCUCUACACAACAUAAAGACCCUAUCUGGGAUGCAUCAUCCCAUACAGAUGAAGCCAGCAGACAGUGAGAAGUCUAACGCGGUGGAAGACAGGAAGCUCUUCAUAGGAAUGGUGUCCAAGAAGUGCAACGAGAAUGACAUCAGGGUGAUGUUCUCCGCCUUCGGCCAGAUUGAGGAGUGCCGGAUCCUGCGUGGGCCCGACGGGCUCAGCAGAGGCUGUGCGUUUGUCACGUUUUCUACCAGGGCUAUGGCACAGAAUGCAAUCAAAGCCAUGCAUCAGUCACAGACUAUGGAGGGAUGCUCCUCACCUAUUGUGGUGAAGUUUGCCGAUACACAGAAGGACAAGGAACAGCGCCGUCUGCAGCAGCAGCUGGCCCAGCAGAUGCAGCAGCUCAACAGUGCCACCACCUGGGGGAACCUGACAGGCCUGGGCGGCCUGACCCCGCAGUAUCUGGCAUUGCUCCAGCAAGCUGCUUCCUCCAGUAACCUGGGAGCCUUCAGCGGCAUUCAGCAGAUGGCAGGUAUCAGUGCUCUGCAGUUGCAGAACCUGGCGGCCUUAGCUGCAGCCGCGGCGGCGGCCCAGAGCUCCGCCAGCCCCUCCAGUGCAAACCCCCUGUCCUCCAGCGGGGGCGCCCUCGGAGCGCUGGCCAGCCCAGCAGCAGGCACGACAGCCAACUCCAACGCUGGGGCGGCUAUGAACUCGCUGACCUCGCUUGGCACCUUGCAGGGCCUUGCCGGUGCCACCGUGGGUCUCAACAACAUUAAUGCACUAGCAGGUACCGUCAACAUUGCUCAAAUGCUCUCAGGUAUGGCGGCCCUGAACGGUGGCCUGGGUGCCGCAGCGCUCACCAAUGGCACAGCCGCCUCCGUGGACGCCCUGAGCCAGGCCUACUCAGGGAUCCAGCAGUACGCCGCUGCCGCCCUGCCCACGCUCUACAGCCAGUCGCUGCUGCAGCAGCAGGGUGCUGCCGGCAGCCAGAAGGAGGGUCCAGAAGGUGCCAACCUCUUUAUCUAUCACCUUCCCCAAGAAUUCGGGGACCAGGACAUCCUGCAGAUGUUCAUGCCUUUCGGAAACGUGGUCUCCGCUAAAGUCUUCAUCGACAAACAGACCAACCUGAGCAAGUGCUUCGGCUUUGUGAGUUACGACAAUCCGGUGUCGGCGCAGGCCGCCAUCCAGGCCAUGAACGGCUUCCAAAUCGGCAUGAAGCGGCUGAAGGUGCAGCUGAAGCGCUCCAAGAAUGACAGCAAACCGUACUGAUCUUAGCACUAGCCCCUUAGCGCCCCCAUGUUAGCACUGCUAGGAACAUCUUCAUUCCUGUUAGCUCAUCGUUUGCCUAGCAUGUCUCCGUGGCGUCCAAAAAAAAAAAAACUCAAACGUCUCAUCGUCCAGUCAUUGUUUUUCCUGAUGUCUUUCUGAGCUCACCUGAUCAUAACCUGGUCUCCUUCUAUUGACCUAUUGACCUUUGAACCUAGCUUGACUUUUUGGAUUUUUUUUCUCUUUUUUUUUGCAUGUGACCUCAUUUUGAGCUUUUGAACAUUGGAAAAAGGGGAGGGCUGGGGAGGGAAAAAGAAAAAAAACAAAUCAAUGUGAAAGCGUAUCUGUAUUCAUACAUCAGAAGUUUUAGAAACAAAAUCAGAAAAAAUAGUUUAAAAACAAAACCUGUGGCAAAUAUUUCUUGGUUGUUCUUUUCCUCUCAGUUUUUGAUUUUUUUUAAUUUUAUUAUUAUUAUUUUUUUCCUUUCUUUUCAUGAUGGUAAACUUGAAAGUACAAUACAGGGAUUGACAUUAGGUAAAGCUGCUGGCACCACUAGCAAUAUGAGGCCAGGAGUUACCCAUGUCAGUUUCUAGGAAAAAUAGACUACUUCCGAACAGUUUUUUAAGAAAAACUGUCUGAUUAAUAUUAGGAUCUCUCAGAGCUCUGUAACAGUUUUUACAUUUUUCAGGCAGUGUAAAGUUUUUUGAUAAGGCCAUUUGAAGUGGCUUACUUUCUGAUUUAAAUCUAUAUACAAAACCACUUUUUUCUAGAGUAGUUUAAGGUAAAAAAAAAUAAUAAUAAUAAUUAAAAAAAAGAUUUGCCCUGUUUGGGGGGAAAAUGCUACCUACUUGUCACCUUUUGCUGAACUGAUUCACAGUUAGACAAUCCGUGGUUAAAUGCACAUGAAAUUACCUAUAUUUUAUACUGUUUAAAUGUAUAGAGAAAAAAGAGAAAACAAGUGUAACCUUCGUUUACGUCGGUGCUUUUUGUGGAUUUAAGUUGUGGUAACUUCACAGGUCCAAGAGUCUUACGUGUUCCAUGUUUUUGAAGACAAGACUAAAAAUCGGUUUACUUGAACAAUAUACUAAGCCUUUCAUAUUAUUGUUAUGAUUAUCAUUUUUUUCUUUCUACCAGUCCCUUUUUGCAAAAUCUCUUAUUGGGUAAAUUAGCUAUUUGAAAUUCAAAAAAAAAAAAAAAAACAGAAAAAAAACAAACCAACAAAAAAAACCGUGUCAGCUUGUGAAGCAUCGAUGUCAUUUUUUUUUUCCUUUCUAUUGUGGAAAACAAUUUGUAGAUGUUUUGUUGUUCAGCAAAAUGUGAUUUCUUUUCUUAUAAAGAAAAAAGCAACAUCAGUGGAAUUCUGUGCCAAAUUCCAGAGGUACUUCCUACAUAGAGCUUCAGUGUAUUUCGUGUGAACUUAUUUGAUAACAUGGGUAUUUUAUUACUUCUGUGUUUUGUAUGGAUCCCUCAUAUUUAAAGAUAUAGAUUUAAAAAAAGUUUAACUUGCUAUUCUGUGGUCUUGUUGCCUGAAAAGUGUUCAUGUUUUUUGCUUUUUAUUUGUAAUGAUGUACAAAGUGCCCAUGUUUCACAAACGCAAGCACACACACGCACGCACGCACACACACGCAGCUCAUGGUCUUCUGGUUUUUCUUUUCAAUUGUGGGACCCCUGAAGGUGAGACCCUCCUCAGCCAGCCUUUACCCCUCACUUCCCAUGAUCCCCCUUACUUCCUCUGUCUCUCACUCACACACCAUCUCACAAGGCCUUGGCAUGCGGUUGGUUGACCUGCUAGGCUAAAGUGCCAAAAUCAAAGCCUUACUUCAAGAGUCUCCUCUUUCUGUCUCCAUACUAUUAGAUCAGUACAGAAUCAGUGGCUAUGGUUGCCUCUGUUAGUUGGUGACUGGGUUCUUCUUUGUUUACAUCCCUGGGGCAUGGCACCAUAACUCUAGGAAUGUUCUAGCUUUAGAGAAGCAGGCCUAGGUCCAGACACUCAACAUGCAUGACUCGCGUGCCCUUUGCUUAAAAUCACGCCAGCAAACCAAGGUUCAGGAGUUCAGAAACCUACCAGACCCCUCUAAGCACACCUAAGAGUAUUAACCAGAAACAGUCAUCUCCAUGUCUUUCUAUGAUGAAAUGCAAAUGUUGAGAGACUGUCAAUAUUAAUGUGGAAGUACCUCAUUGGUCUGGGACACAAAUAAUUUUAUUUUUUAAUGAAACCUGGCAGAUGUAAAUAAGAUGUUAUUGUCAAACACAAACGUUACGUUAUCAAUCUGACAGCCUAAACAGUUUACUCAUGCCAAAGUUAUUUGUUUACUUGUAUAACAGUCUAAAAGUUUACAAGGCACAGGAUGACAAUCCUGUUGGUUUUUGCAGUGUUGCAAUAUGUUCUGCACAAACAGAUACACACACAUACACACGCAGAGGCACACACACCACACAGUCCCUGCCUUGUAGAGACGCGUUUACCGUCGGCAAACCGUGACACCAUUUUUUAACGAAACUCACCCACCGCCUUAACUGAAGGGCUGAUGUACCUACCAGUGUUUCACACUCGUCUGCCUGUCUCACGCGUCAAAGAGGCUCUUCCUCAGUGAUCCCACCCUCAGUGUGCUGGUUGUUGUUCAAAUGUAGCCGUAACAUUUCUCCUGGGACCACAACUAGGUAAAUUUUCAUUAUUCUGGCUUUUACUGCAGGACAUAAGUAUUUUUUAAAGCUCCAGAAGCGUUUCCCUUUUGUUUUAUUAGUAUUAGGAUAGUAUGAGUGCAUAAUAGUAUUAUUACUACUACUAUUGCUAUAUCAGACAUCCCACCUCUCCCGGAAGUUCGAGGAGUCUCCCGCAAAGAUAACAGCAGAUCUGUGACACCCUGGAAUGAUGCGGGAAUGGCGGCGGUUUAAAUAUGAAUUAUAUUAUUAAAUUACCGGCGUUAGACGUUUCACCACCUCAGGUGUGGCCCACAAUGUCCGCAAAUCGUAUCUACCCUCUAGCGCUCUUUCCCGCCAAAACGCUCUGCCACUGGAAGUGAGGGAUCUCCGCGUGCACAUGAAUAUUUUUUCGCGUUAGUGUGACCACACCUUUAAUGCCGGCAUAUUGUCUAGACAUUAUAGCGGUAUUCAGUAUUUUGAAAAUCGAAACUAUUUCGGUAUUUCCAGAAAAGACUUGCCCAGCGCUUGGGAGGUAUUUUCGCACGAACAGAUUUUUGGACGAAAAUGCCACUGUGUAUGGUAUUACCGUAAUAUCGCCGAGCCUACCGAGGACCCUCCUCGCGGUUGUCCCUCAUCUGCCUCACUGACAUUAAUAUGCCAAAGGUGGGAUGUCUGCUAUAACAACAACAAUUCAAAUAAUUUAUAAUUAUUUUGUGCAUUAUUAUUAUUGACUCUAUCAUCUACCUAUUAUAGUAGUACUAAUAUAGUACAGAUGGUAGCAUUAACAUACUUGUGCUCUUACAGUGAUUAUUUACUUAAGCUUAAUUUUAGAUUUUAAUAACUUUGAAGAGUAUUAUGAACAAUUGGAAAUUUUGUACUGGGAGCCUAGGUUAAUUAAAACACGUGUAAGCCAAGACCAAAAACUGAUCAUUAAGAGGAGAAGAUCCCGCGAAGUGCAGGUUGCUCCGCGAAAUGCAACCAGGAGAAACUGACGUGAGUUACCUGACGUGACGUGAGUAGUCUAACUUAUAGCUUAAUAGCUUUUCAAAUUGUAAAGACGUCUUAGUGGCAUGUCGCUUUCGGCGAAUUGCAGGGUUUUCCGCCAGUCUGCUGCAUUGCAUGUGUGCCCCCUCUCUGCUUGGGUAUGGGGGUACAGGCGCCAUCGUUUGCCUUUCCCCUAAAAGACUUCCCGCAGUCUUGCCCACAUCCCGAGGGACUUUCGAGAUUCUUUCCAACAAGGAACGCAUUUGCACUCUUCUUUUUCUACAAAUUCGGUAUAACUGUUUUUGUCUAAUCUGUGUAUCUGUAAUUUAUCUGGUUAUUAAAACUGUAAAUAGCCUACAUUUGCAAAUGGAAAAUUAUUGCAUGUAUAGCACACACACAAACCUGCUUACUUUCAGGUCACCGAUUUCACACACUUGUUAAUUCACCCGCACAUCGGCUCACAGACGCAAACUGCAUUGUAGUAAAUCUCAGAGCACAAUCCUUGUACGGGAACCGUAUCUCCGGCUGUCGGUGUUUCGAAUCAGGACAAGUCAGUGGCAAGAUAGGUCGUCCGUGUUAAAUGUUAAAAAGCACAAUAUUUACUGGCUUACUGUGGAGUCUCUCACCUCAGGGGGGUUUUUACAUCAAGCUUGUAGGAUCUGAAUUUUGUGUCACUGUUUGUUUUUUAAUUUUAUUUUUUCCUUUAUAAUUAUCUUAAGUGCUAUUUAAUGACAACGGAAUAAAAGCUGUAGUUUCUUUGCAUUUCUGGUUUAUAAUGUCAACAUUUUGAGACAAAAAUAUGUAUGUGGUUUCUCUCCUGUGACGUAAGAGCUUGUUGUCUGUGGAUUAAUAUCAUUUACUUUAUUAUUAAGGGUUUGAGUAGUUUUAAGUAUUGUCUUGAGAAAAGCCAAAGUCAAUGCAUUACAGUGGAAUAUGUCGGUGUGAUUUAUGUUUGUUUAACAACACUUCAAACUCUGUCAUUGGAUGGGAUUUUAAAAGUACAAAAAAGCAGGAUUUCCUAUUUCUACAAACAGAUUGUACUUAUGCAUUUUGUAACAGUGGAACUUUUUAUACGGAGAUUAAAGGAACAAAAAAAAUUGGAAAAUUGUCUGGCCUCGUCGUGUGGCCGGACCGUGACUGGUUCUCGAGUUUGAUUUCUAGCUGGCAUGAAGAAAGUUGGGUUUUGAUAUAAGAUUUUCUAGAAGAACUUUGGCUUGAUUUCUUUGAUCUGUUCUUUUUCCCCUCACCUUUUAUUUUGGUUUCUGAAAAGGGGCGGAGAGAGCUGGUUUUCUUUUGACUCAUACAUAAUAAUGAAGUUUGUCAAUACAGAAGCGGUAAGUUUCAUUUAAUGUAUUGUGCCGUUUACACGAUAAAAAAAGAUUAGGAUUAGACGUAUUUAGUCACAUUCAGUGGAUAAAUGUAUUAGUUUAACAAUGAGAAACAAAUUAGAGAUUUUUUGCUUUUAGCUGUUUAGACUUUUCUGGUUCUUCUGUCUUUCGCUGUGAACUUAACUGUGUAGCUGGAACAGUCAGACUUAUUUUUGUAAACGUAUGUUCUUGUGUGAUGCAGUUUUUUGCUUCUGUCUCCAAUAUUAAACCAUUUUUCCUAA